AUGGUAUUCGAAGAUUUUAAGGUUGAUAGAAACAUCUAUGAGGUGGAAUUGAGUUACAUGUUCUCAAAGCUGAUGCGACUAAAAUUACCUCAAGAUACACCACCGGUGAGUGUCGGAACUUCUCGACAACUCCAUGAGUUUCUAAAUCAACAGAAGACUGAGAAUGCUCGUCUUUGUGUCGAAAUUAAGAAGAAAGAUGUUAAGACAAGGUCGUCACUUCCGAAGCGGAAAAAAAUAGAUGAUGAUCUUGAAGAAAAUCUCGCAGAUCAAGAAGAAGAUGAUGAUGAUGAUGAUGACGAGGACAUCGGUGACAUAUUUGAUUACUGUGACGAUUCGGUUGGAGCAUCAUCAGAUGAUGAGAAUUUCACUUUGUAUGGAAAGCUUCCGCAACCCGAUGAGCAUGUUGAGGAAAAGAAAACUCCCCUGGAAAUGAAUCCCACACCAGUGACAAAGAAAGCAAAGGGAAUUCCUCCAACUGUUAAGUUAGAGUUGAGUUCACUUACUCUAACAGUUGGGCAGCAGUAUGAGACAAAAGACGAAUUAGAGAUGCGGUGUAAGAUUUUGUCAGUUUUACAUCAUUUUGAUUUCAAUGUCGACAGAUCAGACCCAGAGAUGUUAGUGAUUAAGUGCUGGAUAGAAGGCUGCAGUUGGCGAGUUCGAGCUACACCUGUUGGUGAUUCUACACAAUUUACUAUUCGCAAGUAUGUUGCAGAACAUACAUGCUCUGUUACAGAACGGUCUGCUAGUGCUCGAAAAGCAACUCCAAAUAUACUAGGCGUAUUGUAUAAAGAUUUUGUUGGUAGUGUUGAUUCAAUGGUUAAGCCAAAGCAUGUUUCUCAUGCGAUGAAUUUGAGAUUUGGUAUUAAAAUGGACUACUCGAAAGCGCAUCGCACACUUAAAGAAGCACGGAAGUUGGUUAGGGGUUCUGCUGAAAGCGGAUACGCAGAGUUACCUACGUACUUACACAUGAUAAGAAGGACUAAUCCGGGAACACUUACUCGUCUCGAAGUUGAUGAGAAUCAACGCUUUAAAUAUCUUUUCCUUGCAUUUGGAGCAAGCAUCAAUGGUUUUCCCUACAUGAGGAAAGUGAUUGUGGUUGACGGAACGUUUUUGAAAGAAAAGUACAAAGGAACGCUGUUAACUGCAUCAGCACAGGAUGGUAAUUUCCAAAUAUUCCCUAUCGCUUUUGCAGUAGUUGAUACAGAGAACAACAAGUCUUGGGAAUGGUUCUUUAGGCAGCUUAGCAACGUGAUUCCAGAUGACGAAGGGCUUGCAAUUAUCUCUGAUAGACAUAAAGCUAUUGCGAAAGCGAUUGGGAAGGUUUACCCUAUGGCUAGUCGUGGAGUUUGCACAUAUCAUCUUUAUAAGAAUAUUCUGCAACGCUUUAGAGGUCGUUGA